AAAGACACGGCUCCUCAAAGAGCAAAGUUUGUACUUAAAACAGAGGCCCAAGAUUUCGCUGUGAAGACCUAGCAAGCAAGAAGCAACUCUGUUCAAAAACGAAAGUAAGGACUGCGCGGAAGAAAAACAGAAGUUAAACAAGUUCAUCAAGCUUUUAAAUCAACUUUUCAAAAGAACGAAAUAAAUGCAAGAUGGAGCAACCCCUUCUUACACUAAUGAAAAGAAAACCCAGCCCCAUACUCCCUGCAGCAACAAGAACCUCAAAAUCAAGAUUAUCCGCUUCAAGAUUACCCCCACAAACGUAUCCACCUCAAGGUUACCCCCACAAACGUAUCCACCUCAAGGUUACCCCCAAAACUUAUCCACCUCAAGGUUACCCCCACAAACCUAUCCACCUCAAGGUUAUCCCCCACAACCUUAUCCACCUCAAGGUUACCCCCCACAACCACCAACAGGGAUGAUACAACAACAGCAGAGUAACAACACAACAGUUGUUGUGCAAAACCAACCUCAGCAUUCAGCUAUAAUGGUUCCAGUCGUCAACGAUCACUUGGGACUGUCUAUUUUUUCCUGUCUGUUUUGUCCUAUUUGGCCAAUUGGUCUUGUUGCCAUCAUCAAGUCAUUGGAGGUAAGAAAUCUUUACGUUACCGGUAACCAUGCAGGUGCAAUUGCAUCUGCCAAAUGUGCAAGAAAACUGGCUGGUAUUUCUAUAGGCAUUGGAAUAGUUCUUUAUGUAGUGUUUACAAUCAUGGGUGUCGUGAUGGAUAACUAAACUAAAUGUACCAUUGUCCCCCGUAUGAUCUACCAUUUAUGAAGACUUAAUGCAUCAUUGUCACCCUUAUCUUCUACCAUAUAUGAAAACUUAAUGCACCAUUGUCACCCUUAUGAUCUACCAUAUAUGAAAACUUAAUGCACCAUUGUCACCUUUAGGAUCUACCAUAUAUGAAAACUUAAUGCACCAUUGUCACCCUUAUGAUCUACCAUAUAUGAAAACUAAAUGCACCAUUGUCACCCUUAUGAUCUACCAUAUAUGAAAACUUAAUGCACCAUUGUCACCCUUAUGAUCUACCAUAUAUGAAAACUUAAUGCACCAUUGUCACCUUUAGGAUCUACCAUAUAUAAAAACUAAAUGCACCAUUGUCACCCUUAGGAUCUACCAUAUAUGAAAACUUAAUGCACCAUUGUCACCCUUAGGAUCUACCAUAUAUGAAAACUUAAUGCACCAUUGUCACCCUUAGGAUCUACCAUAUAUGAAAACUUAAUGCACCAUUGUCACCCUUAGGAUCUACCAUAUAUGAAAACUUAAUGCACCAUUGUCACCCUUAGGAUCUACCAUAUAUGAAAACUUAAUGCACCAUUGUCACCCUUAGGAUCUACCAUAUAUGAAAACUUAAUGAACCAUUGUCACCCUUAAGAAUCCUACCAAGUUUUCAUGUAUUCGUUAUUAAUAAUUACUUCAAUACUUAUAAAUAAACAUCAGUUUGUAUAA